UUUCUUCACUCUCACUGCUAUUGUUCGGCUUCAACUUGCGAGGGAGCGAGCGCGCGGAUGAGCCUUUGCAGAGGGACUGUCAGAGCGUGUGACGUGUGUGCAGGUUCACUUUUUAAAGAGCACAUUUCUAAGCGCUUUUUUUCUGUCUUUGACGUGAUUUUUUUUUUUUUUUUAUUUGAAAGAGUGGACAUUUUACGUUUUUUUCACUUUUGAAACAAUGUGUGAUUAUUAUUGGAUUUAUCUAAAUUUGGAGUUUUAAUACAAUUAUUGUUAUUACCUUUUUUUUCCCAACAACCAUGGAGGUAUUUUGGCAAAUUCGCCUUCUUAUCGCUUUUGUUUCAAGCAUGAAGGUUUAUACCCAAGAGGUUGAAGCUACAAAGCAUCCAGGGCUGCGGGUGUUGGAGUCAGCCUCACAUUAUUGGCCUCUGGAUGCCGUGGACGGGAUCCGCGAACUGUGGGAUCAGAUUGGAAACAGACCAGGUUAUGUUAACGGAACAAACUUAUCUCUCAGAAUCCACAACCACACUGUGCUCCCUUCCUCCCAUAACUCUUCCUAUGUGUAUACCAAUGACUCUGCCUACACUAACAUUUCUGCAACAGUAGAUAUUGUUGAAGGGAUUGUGAACAAGGGCAUCUACCUGGACGGAGAUAAUGGCGGCACUUUCCUGCACUUUGGAAACUACCAGAACUCUUGCAUCAGCGACCCCAGCUUGUGCGGCCCUGAGGGAAUUACCUUCUCCUUUUUUUGGAAGAACUGUGAAGUUGAUGAUGCAGGCUUUGCUAUUGCCUCUGGAGGAAAAGUCAUCUCUAAUGGCUUCUCUGUCUACACCAAUCCCAAAGGAGGAUAUGUGGAUUUUUACACUCGCGGCAACAACCACCGAUGGAAGGCUGAAAUUGAAGUACCAGGGCCAUUCUGGAGCCACAUUCUCUUCACCUGGAAGAAGACGGAUGGUCUGAAGGUCUACAUCAACGGGACCUACACGACUGGUGACCCAACUGGCAGCACAUCUGAGAGUGUAGGCAACAUCAACCCAAAUCUUGUCAUCGGGACGUCCAACCGCCACACCUAUCGUCAUUACGUCACUGGAGCCUUCGACGAGUUUGUCAUUUGGGAGCGAGCCCUUUCGCCUCGUGAUGUCUGGCUCUACUACAGCGGAGCUGUUGGUCAAGCCGUCACCUUCUCCACCACCCCCAGCACGUCCAAGGACACCACUCUGACCACACCGAGCCUCAGUGCUGCUAAAGUGAGUCCUCCUUUCAUCGGCAGCCAACGAGAUGAGGUCCAAAGUCCCCAGGACCCGGAGUCUCUGCCUGUUUUGAGCUUCCUAAAGGCAUUGCCCAAUAGAACAAUACCUCACAACACCGCCAACAACCUGACUCAGGCUUUCCUCAACAGUGUGGAAGAAGUUCUGUCCUCUCCAGGGUUGCAAGAGCAGCAGUCCACUCCUGUGGUCAGUGGCCUGAUUGAGACAGUGGACAGAGUGAUGGAACACAUGGUCACCAACCUAGAGCCAAGCCCCAAAUCCCUUAUCUCCGUUGGCGGAACAUCAUUUGUUGCAGACUAUUCUCUGAUGAAAAUACCGCAGAACUACAACCUGCCUCACUAUCGCUUCCCCACUCUCGGAAAGAACUACAUAUCUGUUCCCGGCGAGGCCUUCAACGUGCAGUCUCAGACCACCAUCGUUGGGCUUUUCUAUCACAACAUGCACAGCUACUACAGAGAGAUAAGCCCUGUGAAGACCAGGAUCAACGAGGCGUCUGAUUUUAAGGACCACCACAUCCAGGUGGCCAGCUGUCUAAUAUCUCUAAAGGUGGAGCCUCAGCCAGCUCUGUCCAUCAACCUCUCAGGAGCGCCACUCAUCAAAAUCGUCCUCACACAUGUCCUGACCAGAGAACAGCAGGAUCAAAUAGUGAAUCAAAGCAACAAAGUCUUCCUCUACUGUGGUUUCCUGGACUACAGGGCCAAAGAAGGAAUCUGGUCCAACGAAGGUUGUGUGCGCUCAGAGGGAAACAUGACAUACUCUGUGUGUCUGUGUAACCAUCUCACAAACUUCGCCAUCUUGAUGCAAGUCGUUCCUUUGAAGCUCACAACUGGCCACAAGGUGGCGCUGUCAACCAUUGGUUACAUCGGGUGCUCCAUCUCCAUCUUCUGUCUGGCCAUAACUCUGGUUACUUUUGCUGUUCUCUCAUCUGUCAGCACCAUCCGAAACCAGCGCUACCACAUCCAUGCCAACCUAUCCUUCGCCAUCCUGGUGGCUGAGAUUCUGCUUCUCAUCAGUGCCAGCUUUGACCCGGGCACGCUUCCAUGUAAAGUGAUGGCAGUCCUGCUUCACUUCUUCUUCCUGAGCGCCUUCGCCUGGAUGCUGGUCGAGGGCCUCCACCUCUACAGCAUGGUGGUCAAGGUUUUUGGCUCUGAGGACAGCAAACACUUCUACUACUAUGGUAUUGGUUGGGGUUCUCCCCUGGUGAUCUGUAUCGUGUCCGUGACCUCAGCCCUGGACAGCUACGGGGAAGUUGACAACUGCUGGCUGUCACUAAAGAACGGAGCCAUCUGGGCAUUUGUGGCGCCCGCUCUUUUUGUCAUUGUGGUCAACAUCGGUAUUCUGAUAUCUGUAACCCGAAUAAUAUCUCGCAUCAGUGGAGAGAAUUACAAGGUUCACGGAGAUGCCAACGCAGUCAAGCUCACUGCGAAGGCCGUGGCUGUGCUGCUGCCCAUUCUUGGCAUUUCCUGGAUCUUUGGAGUUUUAGCUGUAAACCAUCACUCUUUGCCGUUUUUAUAUAUAUUUGCAAUAUUCAAUUCAUUGCAGGGUUUCUUCGUCUUCUUGUUUCACUGCCUUCUGAACUCAGAGGUCAGAGCUGCUUUCAAACACAAAACCAAGGUGUGGUCUCUCACCAGCAGCUCCAUCCGGAACAUCAAUGUGAAACCCUUCAACUCUGAUAUUAUGAAUGGAAACAAGGAGGAAGGAGCAACCCCCACCAAGAUGAAUACUUGGGACAAAAGCACCAACUCAGCAAAUCGCAUCGACCUCUCAGCUGUAUAGAACCAUUUACUGUCUGCAAAAGGAGCCCAAUCGCACCAAGAUAAAAUGGCGCAGUGCCUUCUCCACGACACGGUUGAUUCAACACAAACACAAACUUUUGCAGCUGAAACAACUCUUUAAAGACAAGCAGAAUCCAAAAACUGUGCAUUACUAAGUAUUCAUUUGUGCCGGUUUUGUUUUGUGACUCAAUAUUCUUGUCGAAUGAGUCCAAAUUGAGUUUGCCUAAUCAAGUUUGUUAUUAUGGACCAUUUUAAUUCUUAUUUUUGUAUUUAUUGGUCGAUGUUAAGCAUAACUUCCAUGAUGCAGAGAAUUGUGUGGCUGAGUGGAGUGAGGAUUCACAUGUACAUUAAUAUAUGAUCGUGCUUAUCUCAAGCCUUUUAGUCUCCAAACAAAGUUCUACACAUCCAGGACAGUGUUCCGUGUUCAUCAUCUCAAAACACACUGUAAAAGGUAAAUAACAUGUCAUAUUUAUUCAUCAUUGCUGCACAGAUUCCAACUGAACAACACACUUUGCCAUCAUCAAAAUGUUCUUUUUCAAACCUCACAUAUAAGAAGAUAUAGUAUGUUUGUUUUCUUUUAAGCUUUGCUGCUUGUAAACUGGUUGUAUCACUCCUCCUUGUGUUCUUUUCUCAGCCUCUGUUGUACAUGAAAUAAUGUAAUAGUUAGUGUGAAGAGUUGUUUUGUUUUGGGUUUUUUUCAAUCAUACUGUGAGAAGAAUGGAGAUGGCGACUAUUAAUUGUCAGUGAUGUCAUUGAUCUUACACUGUACCAGAAUUAGGUUUCAACAUUUACUGUGCAUCAAUUCAUUCUUUUGUUUUCAUUAAAGACCAGUGUUUAGGCUUUUACUAAAUUGAACCUCUCACUCUUGCUGUGUAUUUUCAUCACCUCAGAAAGCGCUUCCCUGUCUCUUCUCGAUUCGUAACGAUAGAAAAGGUCAGUUUUGAUCACUCAAAUGUAUUUGUUUUGGUUCAGGCUUACAAUAUCCUGACUUUGAAUAGAGUUUUUAGUGUUCAUCACAGCCCACUACUCAGCCAAAAUCCUACACACUGGUCUUUGUGAAGUUAUUAUUGCAGUAUUUCUAAUGUCUAAUGACUUAUUGAUUGUUGCCUUGUGGUACUUUGGUUUUUGCUCUAUAU